AGUCAUAUUCAUAUACAUCUUUGUGUUCAGUUGAAAAAAAAAAACUUAGGAUUUUUCUCUUUACAACUUUGAGAUAUUUUUUGGUUCUUCUAAUAUUCAGGUUAAAAGGCUCUAUAGUAUUAAUAUAAAACUUGGAGAUGACAGUACGAUCGAAUAGUUUUAAAGGAACACAUUUGGAAACAAUAAUUCAAUCACAUGGUGUCGAUAAGAUGACACGAAAGAAUUCGAUAAAUUUAAGGAAUUGUGAACCGAAGAAGCUGAUGCUUGAGACAACUCUAUCAUUCAAGAAUCUGGUUCAAGACAUAAAUAUAUCAGAAUGGAACGAAACUAAGACAAGAGCAGCUUCAUUACCCGAGCCUUCGAUUCUGUUUUCUCCGCAUCCUGUUAGCGAGCUCGAUGCUGCUGCUGUUAAGCUACAAAAAGUGUACAAGAGUUAUAGGACAAGAAGAAAUCUCGCGGAUUGUGCUGUUGUGGUUGAAGAACUAUGGUGGAAAGCUUUGGAUUUUGCAGCUCUAAAAAGGAGUUCUGUUUCUUUCUUUAAUGGGGAGAAACCAGAAACUGCUGUAUCGCGGUGGGCUAGAGCGCGUACAAGAGCUGCUAAAGUUGGAAAAGGAUUGUCAAAAGAUGAGAAAGCUCAAAAACUUGCUCUGCAACAUUGGUUAGAAGCUAUUGAUCCACGACAUCGGUAUGGCCACAACUUACACUUCUACUAUGAUGUAUGGUUUGAAAGCGAAAGCUCUCAACCUUUCUUCUACUGGUUGGAUGUUGGAGAUGGGAAAGAAAUCAAUCUUGAGAAGUGUCCAAGAACCAAUCUGCAGCAUCAAUGCAUCAAAUAUCUCGGGCCGAAAGAACGCGAAUCGUAUGAAGUAGUUAUUCAGAAUGGGAAACUUGUCUAUAAACAAAGUGGUGUCUUUGUGGAGACAGUGGAAGGAUCAAAGUGGAUUUUUGUUCUUAGCACAACAAGAACAUUGUAUGUUGGAAAAAAGAAGAAAGGUGUGUUUCAACAUUCGAGUUUUCUAUCCGGUGGUGCCAUUACUGCUGCUGGAAGAUUGGUUUCUCAUGGUGGUAUUUUAGAGGCUAUUUGGCCAUACAGCGGGCACUAUCAUCCCACAGAAGAGAACUUCAGGGAAUUCAUUGGCUUCCUCGAGGAACACAACGUUGAUCUUACAAAUGUUAAGAGAUGUUCAGUUGAUGAUGAUGAUCUUUCGUUUAAAGUUAACAACGAGGGCUCAAAUCGCCAACCACCUGUCCAUCAUUCUGUUGCAAAAGAAUCACCCAAGAGAAGCGCUUCUGCUGUAAAUGAUCAAACUGAGGCAAAAGCAGUCACAACAGACGAUGAUCGCGAAGACAUCAUCAACAACAAGACACAAUCAUCAUUUAGCUUUGCUAAACGUUUAUCUUGCAAAUGGUCAACAGGAAAUGGACCUCGCAUUGGCUGUGUUAGAGACUACCCUACAGAAUUACAAUACCGAGCACUUGAACAAGUUAACUUGUCACCUCGGGUGGCUAACGGAGGUUUCAACAUAUAUGGUCCGAUCCCCUCACCAAGGCCAAGCCCGAAGAUUCGUCUCUCUCCUAGGAUUGCACAUAUGGGACUACCUAGUCCAAGGACACCUAUUUCAGCAGCUAACUAAGCAACAUUUUUGCAUUUGCAGCAGCUGAUAAACUUCUGGUUUUUUUGGUGUCCUCACCUUUGACUAUAGACAACGACACAACAACAGACUCAGUAAAUUCCCAUAAGUGGGGUCCGGGGAUGGUAACAUAUACGCAACUUUACCCCUACCCUGAAGGGUAGAGAGGAUGUAUCCCAUAGAUCCUCGGCUAAAGAAGACAACACCAACAGAUGUAACAAACUAACAAAAAUCGUAAUUUAUUCGUUCAUUCAUGUUGCUUUAUAUGUACAAGAUGCAUGGCUUUUAUUGAGCCUAAUCAUCUUUUUUCAAAGUUUUUGCCUCUUUUGUAAUUGAAGGCUGGCUUUUAUUAACAAGUAAAAUUCUUUCAUAUUUUUUUGCUCCAAUGUAGUUGAGUUGAUAGCUCUUUGUACAUAGCAAAGUUUCUAUGUCCAA